AUGAAUAACUCAGACCACGAGCAAAACAUCACAGUUCAAUACUGCUUUCCUGAUAACAACUCAUCUUGCAUAAAGGAGCUCCACACUCCCACCAACCUGCUCAUCCUCUCUCUGGCUGUGGCGGAUCUUCUCGUGGGUCUGUUUGUUAUGCCUGUGAAUAUAAUGCAAUUGAUAGACUCCUGUUGGUAUCUUGGACAAAUAGCAUGCUGGAUUUAUCCAAUAAUCAAUGAGGUCUCAUUGUUAGCAUCUCUCUAUAGCUUGAUUUUCAUUGCAGUUGAUCGGUAUGUUGCUAUCUGUGACCCUCUACUUUAUUCUACUAAAAUGACAGUUUGUAAAACCAUAUUGGUUGUAAUUCUAGGCUGGUCUUUUGCCUUAUUCUACAUCAUCAUAUUUUUCUACUUUAAUGGCCAUUUCCUUCAGUCUCAGAUAUCCACCCAGUGUUAUGGAGAGUGUGCCCUGGUCAUAAACUAUUCUUGGGUAAUCACUGACCUAGUAUUGACAUUUUUAGCUCCUUGCUCUAUUAUACUGAUCUUGUAUUCAGUCAUUUUUCAUGUGGCAAGGCAUCAAGCUAAAGCGGUUAGAGCUGUGAUAAAUGGUGCUUCAAACACACAUGAAGCCAAAGUUUCAAGUGCUUCUGAAACCAAAGCAGCAAAAAAAUUAGGCACUUUAAUUUUCAUUUAUCUUGCUUGCUGGAUACCUUACUAUUUCAGUUCUUUCUCAGUUGAAAGCUUGACAUCUCUGUCAAUGGUGUGGACUGUGUUUAGCUGGCUCAUAUACAUUAACUCUUCUAUAAAUCCAUUCAUGUAUGCCAUUUUCUAUUCGUGGUUUAGAAAAUCAGCUAAAUAUAUUGUAACUUGUAGAAUAUUGGAAUCCUCGUCAGCAAGGUUUAAUUUAUCUAGGGCUUAA